AUGGCGCAAGCGUCUCCCACCUCCGUACAACCGGCGCAGCUAUGCAUCACCGCCGAGGACGAGCUCUUCGACGAGGAAUUCCUGCAGACCUGGCGCCGAGAAGGCUUCCAGGUAACGUACAUCCCCUUCCAGAGCGAUCGAAAGAGCUACAUCGCCGCGCUCGAUGCCGUCAAGCAUGAUCUGCGCGUGAGCGAGCUGUACGCCAUCAUCAGCUUCGGCGACGCAGCCUCCUUCUGCCUCACGCACUACCUCAAGCUCCCCAACACCAACAAGCUCUGCGCGCUGAUCGCCUACUACCCGACCGCGAUCCCCGGCCCGGCGAGCCAAUACCCAGCCUCGAUGCAGGUACUCGUCCACCUGGCCAACCAGACCGUCAACGUCCACCACCCGCCCUCGAAGACGAGCCACAAGGCCACCGUGGUGCGGAAGCAGGUAGGGCCGGGGGUGGGGAUCGGCGACCGGCUGGCGCUGGGGUACCCGGCCUUCUCGUACGUGGGCGCGCUGCCGGGGUUCGCGGAGCACGAUCUCGAGGAAUACAGCCGGAUCCCGGCGCAGGUGGCGUGGAGUCGCACGCUGGGGGCGCUGCAGCGGGGGUUUCGGCGGGUCGCCGCGGUGGAUCUGGAGAGGGUGUGGGAUGAGAUGCAGGAGGCACGAUACUUCUCCCCCAACGCAACAGCCCUCCUCCCUCCUCCCCCGGAUUCCGAGAACGAAGCCCACACCACCGCCCCACCCCCAGCAGCCCUAUACACCCCAACCCUGCAAGGCGCCACCGGCCACACCCCACUGCAGGACUUCUGGGCUGCCAACUUCCACACCCACCGCCCCGCCUCCAUGCGCCUGCAGCUGCUCUCCCGCACCGUCGGCGCCGACCGCGUCAUCGACGAGGUCCUUCUGACCUUCCUGCACUCCCAGCCCAUGGACUGGAUCCUGCCGGGCGUGCCGCCCACCCACCGCGAGGUCAAGAUUGUGGUCGUUAGCAUAGCGCGGCUGUGCAGCGGCGACGGCCGGCUGUACUCCGAGCAUGUCUACUGGGAUCAGGCCAGUGUGUUGGUGCAGGUGGGUUUGCUGGAUCCGAGUGUGGUUCCGGCGGGGUGGCCGCGGGUCGAGCGGGUGCCGGCUGUCGGUGGGGAGGCGGCUGCGGCGGUGUUGGCAGGGGGGGUGGAGGGGGUGGAGGGGGGGUCUAGGGAGGGGGAGGGGUAUGACUCGUAUUCUGAUCGAGAAUCAGGCGAGGAUGCAGAGGCGGCGAGCAAGGAGACUACUGAGGAGCAGAUACCUAUGGAAGGGCUUACGCUAUCUUCUGGGAAGGGGUAG